UCCUUCAAUAGGAGUGGCUGAAGACAAGAGAAGAAAAGAAGUUUCCAGCAUGGCGUUUACACUCUAUUCGCUCAUCCAGACCGCAAUUCUGUGCACAAAUGCCAUCGCUGUGUUGCACGAAGAAAGGUUCCUCAGCAAAAUUGGAUCAGGUGUCGACCAGGGCGUCUCAGGUUUUGGAGAUGACCCGGGAAUCAAAGCCCAGGUCCUCAAUCUCAUCCGCUCAGUGCGAACUAUCAUGAGAGUGCCUCUUAUAAUAGUGAAUUCAGCUUCCAUUGUCCUGCUGUUGCUUUUUGGGUGAUGACCGGUCAGCAAGAUCAAGUAUCAAACUCAAGCUGGAGGACCAAGGAACAUUUCUGUCACACACACACGCGCAGUAGUCGUUCGGGUGGAAGCAGUGUUGUGUCCUAUUUCUUUUGUUUGUUUUUUGUUUUUUUAAAACACUGAUUCCUUCAGUCGAGCUAAAUCUUUUCUAAAUACUGUAAUUUAAUGUUUUAAUGUCAUAGUGCAUAACGGUAGCCGAAUGGUUAGUAUGUCUGCCUCACAGUUUGAGGUUCGGCACUCGACUUUCACCGCCGGCUUUCCUGUGUGAAGUUUGUAUGUUCUCCCUGUGCUUGUGUGGAUUUUCUCCGGGUAGUCCGGCUUCCUCCCACAUUCCAAAAUCAUGUAUUUCUGUUUAAUUGAACACUUUUAAUUGUCCUUAGGUGUGAAUGAUUGUUGAUGUGUGCCCAGCGAUUGACUGGCAACCAACCAGUCCAGGUUGAAUGAGGAAAUGCAGUAUAGAUAAAUGGAUUUGUCAUAUAAUUUUUUUACACUGCCACCGUGGAGAUGCUUGUUACUGCAAGUCAUGUUGCAACUGUUGAUUUGCUUCUCAAAUGUGCCAAAUGUCUGAAAAAAAUUUCGCAUUUGUGUGUUUUGUUCCUCUUGAUGUUGAGCUAUUAUUGUUAUAAUCCAAUACAAAAAUGUUUCCCUUUCAUCUUUCCACCUCUGUAUAAUAAAUGUUGACAGUUCUCUUGC